AUGCUGACUCUCCUUCUUUUGUUCCCACAGCACGAUUUCUCGCUGGAGAAGAAGGUGCUGUAUUGGGUAGACUCCGCCUCUCGGCAAAACACCCCCUGGUACGAAGUGACCACUGACGUCGUCCCAACGGCUCCGCCUUGCUGGCUGCUGCUGCUGGACUCGAAAGAGAGCUUCCCAGAGGCAGCAGGCCGCAAACUGACGGCUGCGGUACCCAUUCGACGGUGUGCCAACCUGUGUGCUGCGGCGGAGAAGUUCAGCUGCACUGUGAACAAGAGCAGGUUGGCUAAGAAGGUGAGCAAGGAUGGGUGCUUGGAAGGGCAAGGGUGCUCCGAAGGUGAGGAGUCUCCCUUGUCUUCCUCUGUCGAAAGCGACGGUGAAGAAAAGCCCUUCUCUGACUCCAAGCGUGUUCCUGGCACUUUGCCUCGUUUCCUGAGUCUUCCCCAAUGUAGACCAAAGACCUCCCCGGUGCUGUUGGCCACCCCUUCGGAGAACAUCAGCCAAAAGCCUCCUCUAGUCAAGCAGAGGCAAUCUAUGUUUUUAUUUAACAACGUGAAGCAUGAGUUUGAAGGAGCCAGGAAGAAGCUCACAGCUUUCAUGCUCCCGAGGAACCAGACGGCAGCGGAACCCACCUUGGCGUCCAGAGCUUUCUCCCUCCAUCAGCGCUCCCGGAGCAGCCGGAACCUGAGAUAUGGACCUACCUCUGAUGUGUCUCUGGUGGGAACUCUUGCCCCAACACCACCAACGACUCCUUGCUGUAGCCCAAGGCCACUGACUGUAGCGGGGCUUGUCCCUCCUAUCCAAAAGCACAAGCCCACAGUUGCAGUAAGAUAUCAUUCUUCUUCUUCUUCUUCUUCUUCUUCUUCUUCUUCUUCUUCUUCCUCUUCCUCUUCCUCUUCUUCUUCUUUUCUCUCCGCCCCCUCUCCAUUUUACAGUCUUAAAAUUGCAGGUAAGGAUGGAAGGAUCUGUCAGUUUGGUUCUCUUAGUUUCUCAGCCUUGCUGCAACCCAAAGCCACUGACUGUUGCGGCGCUUGUCCCUCCUAACCAAAAGCACAAGCCCACAACUGCAGUAAGAAAUCACUUUUCUCUGCUUCUUUUCCUUCUCCCUCUCCAUUUCACAAUCUAAAAUUUCAGGUAGGGACAGAAGGAUCAGAUAAUUUCAGUUCUGUCAAUUUCUCACUUUUCCAGUCCUAAAUUCAGUUGCCCACAUUUCUGCAGUAAUAUCCUAAAUUUAAAGAAAAAUCAUCCUAAAAAUUCUUCAUAAUUUUAGUGUGAAUUUCUCUUAACAAACACAUUUUUGUUUGCAGUUUUGACUGAUAUACACAUUUUUGCAAGCACUUUUUGGUAAUAUUUCUGUCCUUCCUUUUCACUAGCAUGUUCAUUUUUAUCCCCCUCCCCACAAAAUAUGCAUUUUUGUAAACACUGAUGAUUGGAUAACUACUUUGCAAAAUUCAGAUAAAUGCAAAUUUUCAUAGAUGACUGUGUUUUGGUUCUCAGAUUUUGACAGGAAGUAUGCAUUUGAUACAUUCAUGUUUAAAUAUCAGCCAAAACAUAUUUCUCUCCAAUCCCUAAUUCUGGAUUUUAUACUUUUUGAGUUUUAAAAAAAUGGAAAAUGGAAACGUGUUGAAAAUCAGCCUGCUUGCUUACCCAGCUGGGCUAAAAAGGUCUUGCUGCAGGUGGCAAAUUCUGGGCACAAGUAAGUGAUGGCAAAGUGGGAAGCUCUUGUACAGGUCACCGGCAUCUCCCCUUUUCUGUGACAAUUAAAUUAUGCACACAAAAAAGAAAAUAUUUGCAAAUUGGCCAGAGUGAAGCCUAAAAUGCACGGAUAUUGAUUUUCCUGGCAGCAGAGUAACCCCAUUGCAAAGCUUUGCUUCUGAGGUGGUGCAAAAACCGAAGGAAAGCCUCUCUGGAAUUGUUAUUUGUUGUGGUUUACUUGACACCCAGUUGCCACUCAGGUUUGCAAUCAUUAAGUGAUGGUCAUGCAUAAAGGAUCUGGCCCCCAGAUAUGGCUUCCCUGAGUCAGGACUCACUGCUGAGUUGCAGCUUGACUGAAGGUAGGACCCAAAAUGCAUGCUUGGGCUAGAGGCAGAUUCCAUAUUUGAAAAAAGUUUAGAGCAGGAGUAGGGAACCUCAAGAGCGUGUGUAGCAGCCAACCUAUUGUACAAAAAGUAAAGUUUAAUUUGUUGCUCUGCUAAUUUUUGCCUCUAGCCCCGACCACCACAUGCAUGUGGCCCUCAAAAGGUUGCCUAAAAUGGAACAAGGCCCCUGGGAUGAAAAAGAUUCUCCAGACCUUGUCUGCCCAAAGCACAAGCAUGGACUCAGCAUCAUCUUCUGGUGAGACCUUGCCAGAUCUUUUGCACUCCACGAGAUCUUGCAAGAGCUCCACGAGAUCUAGAAAGAUAUCACUGGGACCCGCCAUCGGUGCUGAUUUGUGGGUGCCACUGAAAGCCCCUGAAAGAUAAGGGAGGCUUCAGCGAGGCGAGGGGAUGGCACCUUCCUCAACUGGCCUCAAGGUGGUCCUAAAAAUAUACAUCUCAAGUGUCAGAAGCCAGGAUAAAAAGAAGUGUCUUCAGCAUUCAUUGGAAGCUGUAUAAUGAAGGUUCCAGUUGCACUUCUGGGGGGGGGGAGAUCCCCAAGUCAGGACCUGCCAUAGACAAUGCCCUCUUCCAGGUCACCCCCCCAAGCUUCUGGGGGCAGUGGAAUUACAAAGAGGGCCCCCUCUGCCAAUCUGAGCACUGUAGAGAAGGCAGUGGUCUUUCAUGCAGCUGCCUGGUUCUUAAUGUCACUAGCAAGGGGCCAGUUGACAUCCUAUGUGAGGACGUGCAUUUCUUCACCAGAACACCUGUUGAGUCUCUCUUGCUGAGCCCUUGUCCUUCUCUCUCAGCGUGUCACCUAGUUGUCCCUAAAUCCAUCAAAGGAGAUAAGCCCCGAGGCUGCAAGGAGGCUCCAGCCUUGCUGACGUCUUUCAGCGACUGCCUCUUGGAAAGAAGAUCAGGCUGUGAGCAGCCACCCGCCUCCUUUCCCCAUUGACCUUGCUGUCCUUGCGUGCCUGGCCCAAUUCAGCCUACGCGUAAGGGAUUGUUUCUCAGAAAAUACUUCUUAGAAGGAAGCAGCAGCGGUGGCAGGCAGCUCUGGGGUCCAACCCUUGAGAGUGGCUCCCUGCUUAGUGACCAGCUGCUGUAAAGGAUAGGGCUGCCAUACAUCCGGUUUUCCCGGACACAUCCGGGAAUUGGGCUGUCUGGGCAGGUUUUUGCUGAAUCGGCAAAAUGUCCAGGGAAACCCAGACAUAUGGCAAGUAAGGCCUCUGAAUGCCUGUUGCUGUGAGUCACAAGUGGGGGGAAUUGCUGCGGCACUCGGAUCCUGCUUUCUGGUUUCCCAGAGGCAACUGGGUGGCCACUGUGAGAACAGGACGCUGGACUAGGUGGGUACUUGGUCUGAUCCAGCACGGCUUUUCUUAGCCAGGUUUUAAUUUGGACUCCCAUCUGCAUUAACCAUCAGUAGAACUGCCAUAGCUUUGGGACCCUGAGAACUACACUCUUGUCUAUAGGAUGAGCUCUUUUUUUCUUUUCUUUUCUUUUCUUUUUUUUUGGGUGUUCCCAAUUUUAAUUGGCAUUGGCAUGACUUUUCACAUCCCUUCGGGAGAUAGCUUUGAGAGUUAAACUGGUCUGAAUCAGUCAUCUCGGAUGUAGAGGAACUUCGCAGAACUGAACCGUUGCAUUUAACUGCAAUGCACUUUCCAACUUACUUGGUUGGAAGAUGAGAAGAUGGUAUAGAAACCUCUGGCUUUUGUGUGGCUGGAAUACAGCCGACUGUAGGGAGCUAAGAAUCUCAUCCAUUGCUCCGCCCACUUUUGCCUCUGGCCCCACCCACCUUUCAUACGGGGUCCUCAGAAGGCUGCUCCCUCAGGCCCAAAAUGGUUUCUCAGCCCUGGUGGUAGAGCUGCUCAGCUUCAGCACCGCUCAGGCUACCAUGUCUGGAGAAGUGUUGGAAAGAAACACCAAUCUUUGAACUGGUCCCAGCAUGAAACAACCUCAUCAGUGUUUUGACUCCAGUUUAAAAACUGGGCAGAAGUGUCUCGACAAAGCACUGAGCACAUCCAUUUCAGAUGCAGGUUUAAUUUUUUGCUUUCGAAUGUAAACACAUAUCCAGUCUCCAUUGUUGUCAAAUCAAGCUUUGUCAUCUCCCUGGAAACAUAAUAAUAGUUCCCAUCCAAGGAAGGGUCACUCACAUUUUGAAAUAAACUUCAGAUGAUUAAAACAGGAUGUCUAAAGUCAGAAAACCAAAAGGGGGGUUGUUCCAAGUAGGGGAAUUUUCCGGGCAUCUUCUGUGGUCUGACUAAAUUUAAUUUAAUGACUCCAGGCCAUGCUUUUGAGCACCCACAAACCCUGUACAUCUUCCAGGGGGCAGGGAAAAAACCCUUUUUAAAGCCUUGAAUAGUACAGAAUUUCUCAUAAUGAUGUCUGUAAAUUAACCAGCAUUAUGAUCUAUGUUUAUUUUUAUUCUCUCUCUCCCCCCACCCAGUCCCUGAGCCCUUAUUCCUGCCUUCCACCCCCUCCUGGAGUGCAGCAGCUUUGUGGUUCCCACAGAACUCAUCCUGACUCAACAGCUGACCUGCUCUCGGCGCUCAGCCAAGAGGAGCGCGACCUCAUUGAGCCCGUUUUAGCUUUGGGUUAUCCGAUCCGCCGGGCGAUCCUUGCUCUGCAGAAGACUGGGAGACAAAGCUUGGGUCAGGUCAGUGGAAGCUGGUUCCUUUCUCUUGAACACCAGGGAACACAUUGUUUGUGAAUGCAGUGAGUGCAAAUCAUGAGGCCACAGCUCAGAAGCACAGCUCAUGGACAUGACUUAGGCCCCAAAUACCACCUUCUUCCCUACAGACUCACUUGAGUGUUAAGGUCAGCAGAAAUACAAUGCACUAGGUUGGAUAGACAAUAUAAGGGGAGGGACACAGGGCAACACAGACGGGUUGGAAGGGAAUCAUCUUAUAAAAUAGACAUGCAAAAUGGCUAGCUUAAAAGCCAUUGCACUAAAUGUGAGGGGAUUGGGAAAGCCUAUCAAAAGAAAAGGCAUCACCUCGUACAUAAACGCCAUGAAACCACACAUUGCCUUCCUACAGGAAAUGCAUAACCCAGGGCAUAUAUAAAAACAUAGUAAAACAUACAGCGUUAAAAACUUCCUGAUACAGGGCUGCCUUCAUAUGUCUUCUAAAAGUUGUGUAGUUCUUAAUUUCCAUGGCAUGUGAUGGGAGGACGUUCCACAGGGAGGGCGCCACUAAUGAGAAGGCCCUCUGCCUGGUCCCCUGCAACUUUGCUUCUUGCAGUGAGGGGGCCAGCAGAAGACCCUCAAAGGAGGACCUCAGAUGUUUUCAAAGCCCACCCUAUUCCUGUGACUGAAAUAUUUUUUAUCUGUUUUUAAUUAUGAACCCUAACCCUAACCCUAACACACACACACACACACACACACACACACACACACCGUGUCCUGCUGUGAAGGGCCAACAACAACAACAACAACAACAACAACAGCAGCAGCAGCAGCAGCUAAAAAUCCCAGUUCAAUGUCAAGCAACUCCAGAAAGGGGUGAGAAAGACCCCUGUCUGAGGGUGCUGCUGUCAGUCAUUGUAGACCAGAGUGGGUGGAUCUUUUCCAGGCAGGGGCACAUUUACUUCCAGGAAGCCUUCCAGAAGCUGCGUGUCAGAGGUGCACACCCUCCAACAUCCCUGAGAUGAAAAGAGGGGCAUUCUAUUUAAUAUUUUGUUGGGAGCCACCCAGAGUGGCUGGGGCAGCCCAGUUAAAUGGGCAGCAUAUAAAUAGUAAAAUUGUUGUUGUUGUUACAUCAGUAUCAUUGCUAGUAUGUAUUGAUUUGGGGUAUUCCUUUCCCCCAGGUUUCUCUAAACGCAAUACAUAAAUUCAAAGAUUUUUGGGCUUAAAAUGCUGCAGCUUUGUGUGUUUUCUUCUAAUAACUUUGUACUCGACCAGGAAGAAAUGCUCAAGCAGUGAUACUGAUGUAGAAUAGGAUGUCCCUAUUUCCAGGCCAGGAAUGUUGGAGGGCAUAAGGGGAGAGAAAAGUGGGUGGAGCAAUGACUGUGAACUUUACAUUUGUACAGUUGGCUAGUUUCUACAUACAAACACGACCCUCUCCAUCCUCCAUGCAGGCAAGCAAGAGACAUGAUCAGAGUUUAUGGACACAUUACAGCCAGGCAAAAACACGCGUGGAGAGUCCAUGGGGGCCAGACAGAGAGCAUACCCUCCAACAUUUUUCUGAUGAAAAUAGGGACAUCCUAUUUAUUUAUUUAUACAUACAUACAUACAUACAUACAUACCCCACCCAUUUGACUGGGUUUUCCCAGCCACUCUGGGCAGCUUCCAACAUAUAUAAAAACAUAAUGAAAGAUUAAACAUUGGAGAAAAAAACACCUUCCUUAUUCAGGGCUGUCUUCAGGUGUCUUCUAAAGGUUGUACAGUGGUACCUCGGGCUACAGAUGCUUCAGGUUACAGACGCUUCAGAUUACAGACUCCGCUAACCCAGAAAUAGUACCUCGGGUUAAGAACUUUGCUUCAGGAUGAGAACAGAAAUCGCACGGCGGCGGCAGUGGGAGACCCCAUUAGCUAAAGUGGUACCUCAGGUUAAGAACAGUUUCAAGUUAAGAACGGACCUCCGGAACGAAUUAAGUUCUUAACCUGAGGUACCACUGUAUAGUUACUUAGCUCCUUGGCUGGGGUAGGGGAGGGGUCACAUAACUCCAUACCCUCCAACAUUUCUCCAAUGGUAAUAGGGACAUCCUAAGGAAAACCAGAACAUUCUGGGAUCAAAUCAGAAACUGCGGGACAGCUUCUGUAAUCCGGGACUCUCCCCAGAAAUUCGGGACACUUGGAGGAUCUGAGAGAGACUUGGAGGGCUAUAUUAGCCCCUGCCUGAAGUUCAUUGAAGUCUGCAAUGAAUUAUUAACACAUCAGUCAUUUUAAUUUGCACAAGGCCCUCCAAUCCAUAUUAGUCCUUGCCUAAUCUCCUGAGAAAGAGGUGGUGGUUCUUUCCAUUUUGCCACAGUGAAGUUCUGUGGUGUUGCCAAGGCCCUCUCAGUGAGUCUGUGGCUAAGGACGGAUUUUGAAUCCCGGCCUUUCAUGCCUAUCACUCAGUCCUCUAGCCAUCUGUGCCAUCUUCAGGCCUACAGAAGGAUGCUGUUUGCCUGCAAUGAAUUGGGGUGGGGGGGCUGUUGUGGUGGUUGUUGUUGCAAGCUAAUGCUUGGUAUUAGCCUUUUUUCCAGGGAUUGCUGAUUCCACCCUGUGUGUGUUUGUGCACUGGGAAUGAAUAGCAUGUGAGGCAUUUAGGAGGGGUGCCACUGGGAAUUGUCCUGUCAGCACUCCAAGAACAAUGGGGGAAGCCAAAAAUAGAUCGUCCCUUUGGAGUGUCGGAGUGCCCUUCUCAGAGUGUCCCAGGCAGAUCUCUGGCCCCAUCCUUGCACAACCUCCUAGCAUGCAGGAUGUUUGAGGCUGCCCCAGAUCUGAAUGGGUCAGGAAUGGCAUCACCUGAUGUCCAUCAGUGGAUCUAGAUCACCUUGACGGGAUCCUUGAAAUGAAAAGAUCAGAGGGUCUGAUUCAAUGUGGUCUUUGUGCAUUUCAUGAUAGGAUGAGAGAAUUCUUGCAAGGUUGAUGAUGUAGAUUUCUCCAGGUUUCUUCUACCUUGGAAUGGUUUCCUCUUUCUUUUGUACGUUUGUUGUUUUUGUUUUUAUUAGGUGUUUUGUAGUUUUAUAUCUUGAUUUUAUUCUGUGAACCACCCUGAGACCCCCUGGGCAGUGCUUUUUUCUGGGGGGGGGGAUGCAUACCCCUAAACAUUUUGUGAAUCUAACAGGAGAAGAAACUAAAAAAGUUUCUUCUCUAGCGUGGUGAAUCGUCAGUUCCGUUGCUACCCCCAAAGGUAGCCUCAUUUCCUGUCAUGGUGUUUCCUGAGUCUCAGGCGAAAUAAGAGUACCCCUAAACAUUUUUUAAGGAAAAAAGCACUGCCCCUGGGUAUAAGGCGGUAUAUUAUUAUUAUUAUUAUUAAUAAUAAUAAUAAUAAUAAUACAGUGGUACCUCAGGUUAAGUACUUAAUUCGUUCCGGAGGUCCGUUCUUAACCUGAAACUGUUCUUAACCUGAAGACCACUUUAGCUAAUGGGGCCUCCUGCUGCCGCCACACCACCGGAGCACAAUUUCUGUUCUCAUCCUGAAGCAAAGUUCUUAACCCGAGGUACUAUUUCUGGGUUAGCAGAACCUGAAGCGCAUGUAACCUGAAGCGUAUGUAACCCGAGGUACCACUGUAAUACUUUCGUCUUCCAUCUUUAGUUAAUCUUAAAGUUAUGAACUUAACACAUGGGCAGCUGCAUUAUUUUUCUUGCCAGAGUUAUUUUUGAAUCAGACUAAUAACCCAUUUUAGAAGAUAGGGAGCGGGGAAAACACAGGGUUGCAUGCAGCUUAUUUCUACUCAUUGCAGACCCAAUGAAAUUGAUAGACCUAAGUUGGUCUUGUUUAUUAAUUUCAGUGGGUCUACCUCGAGUAGUGCUAGCAUUGGAUACAACCGAUUGUAACCAGGAUUGGAGUGAGUGGGAGAGAAGAGCAGAAGCCAGAGGCUUGUUUUUUAAAAAGCGAGAGAAUAGGAUGUGGUGGCACUCUCCUUCCUUGGAGAGAACGGAACUUAAGACUGGGAAAAUGAGAAACAGAGAGAAAACAAAACUGACAGGUUCACCCAUCCCUAUCUACAAGGAAGGGUGAGUGGGUAGACAGGGAGACCAUGUGGUGUAGUGCUUAGAGCAGGCUUCCUCAAACUCGGCCCUCAAGAUGUUUUUGGCCUACAACUCCCAUGAUCCCUAGCUAGCAGGACCAAUAGUCAGGGACGAUGGGAAUUGUAGUCUCAAAAACAUCUGGAGGGCCUAGUUUGAGGAAGCCUGGGUUAGAGUGUCAGACAAGGACCUGGGAGGUCAGAGUUCAAAUCCUCCACUCGGCCAUGCAACUCACUAGGUGACCUUGGGCCAGUCGCUGCCUCUCAGUCUACCCUACCUCACAGGGUGGAUUAAAUUAGGAGGGGGAGAACUAUGUAUGCCACCUCGAGCAACUUAGGUGGGAUACAAAUACAAUAAGUAAGUAAUAGCCCUGAUUCCGAAUGGUGUGCUAGCUAGCUAACUUCCCCUUUGCCUUCCCCCAACAGUUCCUCAGUUACCUCAGUGCCUGCGACAAACUUCUGAAGCAGGGUUACGAGGAGGCUCAGGUCGAAGAAGCUAUGGAGAUGUUCCAGAACUCAGAAAAGGUCAGAACACCCAGCCUUUUUUUGCACUUCAGCCGCAGGGUCUCCUGCUGGGUGCAGGGACUGAGUAGGGGGUAUAAAUGGCUUGGCAGUUUCCUCUCAUAGCCCUGGCAUUGAGCUGCUUGGGGCUGUAUAAGCUAAAAAUAAGCAAAAAUCUAUUUUAUUUCUUUAUACACCGCUUGAUAGCAACACCCCCCCCAAAAAAACCCUCAAAGCUGUUUAAGAAAGGUAAAACAGUGAAAUCAAGAAGAAGAAGAAACCCCAUUGUUCCCAAUGUAGAUCUUUAUCCCCUCAACAUUUUCCCCGAUGUAGAUCUUUACUCACCCCUUCUUCCACAGAAGGGGAUAUGCUGUUUUUUGGUUCCCCUCAGGUUCCAAAAUGUAUGGGGCUGGACCUCUGCAGGCAUAUACACCUGGGGGAGGUGUCUGGAGGGGCAAGGGCCCCCCACAUUUACAAGGAGGCAGAGCCCCCUCAAAAUUCCACAAUGGGUGUGCAAGCACGCCCCACGGAAUGCUGACGUCACACACCGCAGGGUGUGCUGACAUUGCACGGUCCCAGCCCCCUCAAUUGCAGGGGCAAAGGGGAGUUGCUUGCCUUGUUCAAGUAUCCCUCUGAACAUUGAAGCCCCUUCACCAGGCCUGUUUAUCUUCAGUUGCUUCAGUUGUGGGACGUGCACUGUGUGUCCCUUCCUCCCACCCCCACCCCCGAUCCCUGACUUUUCACUCUGCUUCUCUUUGCAGGCAGCAGAAUUCCUUCACCUCCUGGUCCAGUUCAACGACAUGGGCUUCCAGCAAGCAGACAUCAAAGAAGUCCUCUUGCUGUGCGAGAACCACAGAGACAAGGCGCUUGAGGAGCUCAUGACAAGGACCCAGUGAGCAGCAAGAGGGCAUUUUUCCAUACUGAGAAAGGGCAGAACAUGCCACAGCCCCACGGCAUGUGAUUCAGAACAAGCUUUGAAUGUCAGAACCCAGCUGGAACAGCCAAAAUCCCAUUGGAUCAAGCCACCUGCCUCUGGGAAGUGCACAAGCAGGGCUCACCCAUUGCUUUUUACUGGCAGCUGGCACUGUGAAGUAUACUGGCUCUGGAUAGUGAGGCUCUAUAUGCCAUCAUCUUUAAUAGCCACCUCUGAAUUCUUCUAACCCUCUCUUUUCAAAAGGCAUUUAAGUUAGUGACCACCCCGCUCCAUGUUGUGGUAGCAAAUGCUAGUCAAGAGGCAGAGUGUCUAAAAGUCACUGCAAGGGAAUCGCUUCUAGUUGCAUCGCACGCUCUGCUCGGGCUCGUGAAAGACCAACAUUUUAACACAAACUUCUUCUGCAUAACCUGCACCUGUCUGCAAACAGGUCCACAGCGCAACUUAAGAUGUUUCUGUAGCCUAAGGGUGCCUCCAGGUUGCCAAUAUUUUGCAGUGCACUUUGGGGAGGUUUAGAUUUGUGCAAUGAAAAUGGAUUUGCAUGUGUUAACCCGGAACAACAAACCCACUUAAAAAGAAAGAAAAAAACUGCAGUUAGGAAAAUGGGGCUGGGGUGGUGGUGAGAGAGAUGCAUUGAAAAGUGCAAGAUGGGUGAAUGAUAAAUGGGAAGGUGCAUAAAUACCCUGCAAGCAAUUCAGCAUGGAUUCAGGAUGAAUGUUCAUUGCCACAAAGCCAACCUGGAAACAAGUAAGAACAAAUGCUUAAUAAAGGCCCAGUGUAGCCUGUGUAAGCUUUGUGCCAGCAAAUCAGGGUAAAUGUUCAAUAAACAAGUCUUUUGGGCAUACCCAUGCUCCCAUUUCCUGGCCAAUGCCCUGACUUAUUUCAACGAUGCACUGGAUUUUUAAUGGACUCCAUCAAAGACUGUACAGACCUAAGAGUUCUCUGCAAAUUGGGCUGAGCGAAGCUGAGAGCUUCCCACUGUACAAUCCUCCAACACACACACGCAUCCCAAACCACAAUACCUGGAUUUCCAGGAUAGGGAAUGCAACUUCUUAAUUUACUGCGGGGCUCAGAGCUUCAGCUUAUUAUGGCUGAGCGUCAACUCCUUAUUUGAAAUAAGAAACCAAGACUGUUUCCAAUCAAGUAAUUCUUUAUUUUUUCCUGUCACCGUGAAUGCCCAAUUGUCUUUCCUUGAGAUACAGUGAAGUGAUACCUGUUUGUCUUUCAGCCAAAUAAUAAAAAAGUAUUUGUGUCUCUUAUUAAAGGAGAAAGGGGAAACAAAUAUGAUAUUCAGCUGAAUGUAACAGAAGAAAACAAACAUCCUUUGAGGUUCAUAGGUACAGCAUAUUUCUCUCAAAUAAAAUGGCACGUUCCCAAUAGCUGGUGUGUUUGUGCUCUUAUUUCAGGGAGAGACGGAUGAAAGCCCAGGGCAAUACUUAAUAUUUACCAACCUCCUUCCUGACACGUUGCCGUCCCCUUGCUUACAAGCUGUAUUACAAGGCUGACAAUGUUCAGAGCAGCGGAGAUUGCUCCUCUGUGGCAAAUGGGGGCCCUGCCCCACUAUGCGCAGUCUGUCCUCAGCCAAUCCCACCUGCCUGUCAGCUUCCUCUGUUGCCCCAGUUUUGCCCUUGUAGAACUCAGCAGCGAGAGAGGAUGGGAAUAAGUUGGCCUUGCCUCUCAUUGGUUCUGGCUCUGCCUUUCAUUGACUCUGGCUCCACCUACUGUUGGCCUCCCUGCCUUCUGAGCUACCAAUCUCUGUUUCAGAGCUAGAGUUUUUGCCAGGUUUUCAAACUGCAGCACAGAAGAAGAAGAAGAAGAAGAAGAAGGAGGAGGAGGAGGAGGAGGAGGAGGAGGAGGAGGAGGAGAAAUAAUUUUAUUAUUUGUACUCCCACCCACCUGACUGGGUUGUCCCAAU